CCCCCAUCUAUCUCAACAGUACAAGUCGUGCUGAACACAAGUCGUGGGUCAUCUCUGCCGGCUGGCGGCGGCAGGCGAUUCUGGGCCAUCUCUGACAACCGGCGGCGGCAGGCGAUUCUAUAGCAGUUUUUGUGUUGGUUUUCCUCCUGGAGUUGAUAUGACACGAAGUAAACUACAUGUGGUUGAAUGCAAUGAUGAAUACAUGACUGAGGAACAUGUUGAACAUGAGAAUGCCAUGUUCAAAGAUGUUGAGUCAUCUCAUGUUCAACCAUCAUCUUGUAAUGUUGAAGAAGGCUUGGAUGAUAGUGAUGAUGAAGAGGACCAGGACGACACUGCUACUAAUGAACAAGAUGAAAAUGGAGAAACAACCAAGCGUGGGAGGACAAGGCUAAAAGAAACAUGGAAUCUUCCAAAAGGGCAGAGGAUUGUGGUCCAGUGCAAUGAACUAAACCAGCCAGUUGGAAAAGAAGCUGCAUGUCUUGGGAAUUUUCUUGGCACGGUUGCUAGGAAUGGAAAAUUGUGUAGUUUGAGCUACAAGGACUGGAGAAAACUAAUAGGAGAGAGAGAAAAAAAGACAAAUGAACAAAGAAACAAAAGGGAUAUACUAGCGCAAGUAAAGAUGAGGUUUCUUUACCCUCCUCGCAUGGAAAAGAUUAUAUUAAAAAAAGUUGGAGAUAGAUGGAGGGAACAUAAGUCAGAUCUGAAAGCACUGUAUUUUGAUGCAAAUAAGAGCAUGGAAGCGAAUAACACCAAUGUUCCAAAGGGUGUGAUUAAGGACCAGUGGAUUACUCUGGUCAGUAAUUGGAUGACCCCGAAGGCACAUGUACUUAUACAGUCGCCAGAUUCGUUAUGUACAUGUUGCUCAGUCAUGGUAUGAAAUUCUGGAAAAUACAUGUGCAUACAUUAUACAAUUGUUUGACAGGGGAUAAGUGAGACGAAUAGGAGAAAUUGUGCGAUGAGGAAGUCCAAACACAUGGCUGGAACUAAGAGUUUUCCACGAGUUCGAGAAGAGAUGAGACUAAAGGAUCCAGAAAAGAAGUACCCACACAGGGCUGUCUUAUACAUGCAUACACAUAAGCACAAAAGCGACAAGAAUAUGAAUGAACAAGUGGUUGAUUUGAAGAAGCGUAUAGCGGAGAAUCCAGCUUUAGUAGAUACUAGUAGAGGAAAGACAGCAUGGAAGGGAGAUGUUUUGAAUGCGGUACUUGGCGCAGACAAGCCUGGACAUAUACAUGGCCUGGGACGGGUUCCGAAUCCAAAUCAAGUCUUUGAUGUGUCAGCUUCACGCCACUUUCAGAAUAUACACCUUAGUUCAUUGGAGGAUAUAUCAAAUGAAGAUCUUUUGGCUGUUAGACUGAAAAUGGAGAAGUUGGAGAAAAAAGUGGAAAACCAAGAUGCUGAGAUUCUGGAACUAAAAGGGAAGAAAAAAACAUUGAAGGACAGGUAAAUUCAAAGAAUUUCUCCAUUAUUCAAUACAUGUACUAAUUCUUAGGUAGUAGUUACAGGGUUCUUUGGAUCAGAUAUCUGCAUCUCAAGAUGUUCCUUUUAUUGCCAAGACAAAUUCAAAAAUAAAAAGAGUUUAUGGCGACGGUCAUAGUCAACAACUUCGUACUAUUGGGCAGCAGAAUAAUGUGAUGAGCAAGGAAACAUUUCUCAAUGACAUGGAGGUGCAACCAUCAUACAAAUGCCCUGCUAUGGAUGAGAACAAUGAAACUUUGGUCCAUGAUGAAAAUGUGCACCAACAGAGGAAAAACACUAGUGCAGAUAAGGGUUCUUUGGGUCAGAAGUCUACAUCUCAAGAUGCUCUCUAUGUUGGCAAGACAAAUUCAAAACAAAAAAGCAAGGAAAACUUUCUCUAUGACAUGGAGAUGCAACCAUCAAACAAACGUCCUUCUAAGGAUAAGAACAAAGAUACUUCUAUCCAUGAUGAAAAUGUGCAACAAGAGAAGGAAAACUCUAGUGCAAAUAAGCAUGGUGGCCAGAACAUUAGUAAAGUCUCAAGAGAAGGUAAUGCAACAAAGCAUGCCAAUAAACAACAGUGCAGUGCAACAAAUUGCUUGGGUGCCGACUCAAUAGAUGUUGGCACUAUAGUAUUUUUGAAGAGCUUGGGAAAUCCAAACAAGAAUGUUGCUCUUGGUACACUCCAAAGCACUAACCCAGAAUAUAAAGUUGAGGGUGUUCAUCUUGGUAAUCAAUUCUGGGCAGUGCGAAUUGAUGCUACAUUAGCAAAAUCAGAUCAGUUGAUACGACCUCUAAAAAAGGUCAACAUUAUUGGUCAUGCAGCAGGAUUAAUUAUCGCAUGGCCAUCAACCUUUAUUGCUAAGAUAAAUUGAUGAUGCAUGGCCCAGAUGUUGAUUGCAAGGUGGAGAAUGGGGAUGCUGUUGGAUAGUCCUAUGUAGUGUUUUACGAUGUCAUUUCCAGUGUCGAUAACUCAAACAUUAUGUUUUAGAAUGGUUGGGGCGUUGAUUGAAAUGUCCAGACUUAGCUACUAUGUUAGUAUCACUUAUUGUAACCUUUGGAUCAUGUUCUUUGUAAUGCAACAAAGUCAAAUUAAUA